AUGGCAGCCGCCGAGAUGGAGAGCGCGGGCGAAGGGGAGCUGGCGGAGCGCGUCUUGCUGAACGUGUCGGGCCUGCGCUUCGAGACGCGGCUGGGCACCCUGGACCAGUUCCCGGAGACGCUGCUGGGCGACCCGGCCAAACGGCUGCGCUACUUCGAUCCUCUACGUAACGAGUAUUUCUUCGACCGGCACCGGCCCAGCUUCGACGGCAUCCUCUAUUUCUACCAGUCCGGGGGGAAGCUCCGCCGGCCUGUCAACGUCUCCCUGGAGGUCUUUGCCGACGAGGUGCGCUUCUACCAGCUGGGCGAGGCGGCCUUGGAGCGGUUCCGGGAGGAGGAAGGCUUUCUGCGGGAAGAAGAGAAACCUCUGCCCACGCACGAGUUCCAGCGUCAGGUCUGGCUGAUCUUUGAGUAUCCCGAGAGCUCCGGCUCGGCCCGGGGCAUCGCCAUCGUCUCCGUGUUGGUCAUCCUCAUCUCCAUCGUCACCUUCUGCUUGGAGACCUUGCCGGAGUUCCAGGAGGAGCCGGCUGAGAUCCGGGAUCCCAUGGGCCAGGCGCCACGGCCGAGCAUCCUGGCCGACCCUUUCUUCGUCAUUGAGACCACUUGCGUCAUCUGGUUCACCUUUGAGCUCCUGGUGCGCUUCUUCGCCUGUCCCAGCAAGCCCGAGUUCUCCAAGAACAUCAUGAACAUCAUCGACGUGGUGGCCAUCAUCCCUUACUUCAUCACCCUGGGCACGGAGCUCGCUCACGAGCAGCAGAAGGGGGAGCCCCAAGGCAACAGCAGUGGCCAGCAGCAAGCCAUGUCCUUGGCCAUCCUACGGGUCAUCCGCCUGGUGCGAGUCUUCAGGAUCUUCAAGCUCUCCAGGCACUCCAAGGGGCUGCAGAUCCUGGGACAGACCUUGAAAGCUAGCAUGAGGGAGCUGGGUCUCCUCAUCUUCUUCCUCUUCAUCGGUGUGAUCCUCUUCUCCAGCGCCGUCUAUUUCGCCGAGGCCGAUGACCCCGAAUCCUACUUCUCCAGCAUCCCCGAUGCCUUCUGGUGGGCUGUGGUCACCAUGACCACGGUGGGCUAUGGUGACAUGAGCCCCAUCACCGUGGGAGGCAAAAUCGUGGGCUCCUUGUGUGCCAUCGCCGGCGUGCUCACCAUCGCCCUGCCCGUACCGGUCAUCGUGUCUAACUUCAACUACUUCUACCACCGGGAGACAGAUCAAAGUGUCCUCCAGGACGACCCGGGGAGUGUUCAGGGCAGCUCAGCCGAGGAGGAAGCCAAGAGUAAGAACUCCUCCUGCAAAUCCAUGGUGAACUUGGAGCACCUUGACGAGACCCACAACGGGACCAGGUCUGCGGAGAAAACCAACAUCCGAGCCAACAGCACCAUAGACCUUAGGAAGUCCCUCUACGCCCUUUGUAUGGAUUCAACCAGGGAAACCGAUCUGUAA